AUGUCGCCGGAGAAAGCAGAAGUAACAUUUUUGGAGGUUCCUCGUAACUACGUGUCAGAGUUAGAGACAGAGAUUGAAAAGUUAAUCCGCGAGAAUCGAGAGCUGAGAGCCAAAGCCCAAUCGACUUCAGUCAAUGGGGAAAGAACCACUCCUCAUGAACACUGCUCCCCGGAUCGUGUUGGUCCAAGCAGCCAUUCAACAGGAAGUCCGGCCAAGUCUGAUACAAGCUCGAACCACGUUCAAGACUUGGUAAGGGGUGUCAGGGAUAUUGUUGACGAGCCGUCAAGACAGCCACGAUUCUUGGGACAGAGCGGCGGCAUCACCCUCGCCAGAUUGGUUGUGUCAGCGAUCCGUGUGGACGCUCUGCCUUCAUCCCUAUUUGCUGAGCCACGCUCGUAUAAACCAUUUCCGUCCUCAAUGGCAGCAGAGGCUUCUCUUCCACCACGCCAUGCCGCAGAUCAUCUGGUAGAUGUCUACUUCCAGUACCACACGCCCCACCUACCCGUUGUGGAGCGCUCGAGGGUCGAAGAGGCCCUGGAGAGCGCAUACCAGGCCAUGAGUGGCCAGCAGCCCCCAGAUCGCGCUGUAGAAAGAGAUAUUUUCCUUAGUUUUAUGGUUCUCGCCAUCGCCCUCUGCGAUGUUUCAAACCUAGCUGGAGGUCGACCAAGUCAGAGCGAGGGAUGCUUCAGGUCAGCCAUGAGCUGGUAUGAAAAGGCCGUCGCGAGCUCGACAAGUGAUAUUGAGACCCUUCGAACUAUCCUCCUUUUGGCCCAAUUCAUUGCAUUGUGCCCUUCUCGGGGAAGUCUAUGGCAAUUGACUGGUAUCGCCUUACGCUUAUGCAUUGACAUUGGCUUGCAUUGGGAAACUGAGGAUCAUAUCGCGAAUAUUGACCCGUCAAUAUUGUAUGACCGCAGACGUCUGUGGUACUCUACGUACCAGUUCGACCGUAUCUUGUGCAUCACUCUCGGUCGCCCUCUUGGUAUCAUUGAUGAAAGUAUACGUGUCCCACUUCCCAAUCCAUGGGCCGUCUACCGAGGAACCUCUACCAGUAAAUCCAUCGAAAUGGACAUCCACAGCCAACAAGCUCAUAACCACAUGUUUGCUUUGUCAAGACUCGAGUCUGAGAUAAAACAUGUGCAGCAUAGCCAAACUUGGGCUUCGAAACCGGGCUACCCCAGAGCCAACUAUGCGGUCUGGCUUCAGGAUAUCCAACCUCGCCUUGAAGAAUGGUACGCUACUAUUCCACAGACCAACAGGGCUCACCCAUCCUCCAUAUUCGCGUACCAAGCGUAUUGGGAUUAUAUCUACAACAAUGCAAUUCUGUUGCUGCAUCGGCCCAACUCAAUAGGCUUGCCAACGUCUUCAGAAGCAAGGGUCCUCUCUUUUCACGCCGCUUGUCGACUUAUUGAAAGUAUCAAAACCUUACAGCGAGAGGGGAAGGUUCAUAUACUCUGGAAAUCUAGCCAUGACCUGUUCAUGGCCGGUCUUGGAAUUAUACAUAGCCUUUGGGAGUCCAAAGUAGUUCGAGAGCAGAGUUCUGUCGGGAGAUGCAUUUCUAUAUUACAAUCCUGCACCUCAACGCUCUCUGCACUGGCCGAGAGUUUUACAGGAGUUGCAGGCUGUCGUGACGCGUUUGAUACUCUUUCAUCAGUGACAGUUGACUGGCUAGUUGGUGAUAACGUGGUCGGAGAACAAGAUGAUCGUCAGAGGUUUGAAAAACAAGCAGAGAACCUCCUGCAGCAAUUGCAGCCGGCUCGUGGAGCAAAUGAACAUACCGAGAUUGACAUCUCAGGCUUUUUGUCUACUGGUAACUUUCUAUUUAGCGAGAUGCUCAGCAGUGCUGCCCAAUGGCCUGAUCAAGAAGACAGGAGAAUUACUGACAUGGGCUCUGACCCAAUGUUCCGAGGGGAGUCUCAGAUGUUCUACUGA